UUAUCGGAACCUAUCCCACUUUUAAUUUCCAUUUUGCCCGAACACAAAAUGACGAAAAUAGCCUCCAUCAGUUCGAUGCUGACCUCCCCCAACAAUUACGACGUCUCCUUCGCAACAGUUGCUGAAUCUCUCCGCCACCUCCCGUCAUCUGAAUCUCUACGCAAAUGCCGUCAGCUUCACGCUCUCAUUCUCACGUACUUCUUCUCCCCCUCCUCCUCUCUCCUUUUUCUCUUCAACAACCUCCUUUCGACAUACUCCAAAUGCGGCUCACUACAAGACGCACACAAGCUGUUCGAAACAAUGCCUGAACGUAAUAUUGUCUCGUACAAUUGCAUAAUCUCCGCCUAUUCCAAGUUUUCUAGCCACGUCACUUCUUGCAUGCAUCUAUUCCGUGACAUGGCAGCAGUCGGCAUCACGCCCAACGCCUUCACCUUCUCUGCUCUUGCACAUGUCCUCCAUAACCAUCGAGCUGGCAGCGCCAUUCACGGCCGUGUCAUUGUUUUGGGAUUUUACGACAAUGCGUUUGUAAAGACGUCUCUUUUGAGAAUGUACUUGGGUUGUUUGUGCUUGGAAUCGGCAGAGAGGGUGUUUGACGAGAUGGCUGAAAGAGAUGAGAUAGCUUGGAACUCCAUGCUCUUCGGUAGAUUGACAGGUUGUGAGAUUGAGCAUGCACUGCAGCUUUAUCGAGGCAUGGUACGAGAAGGAUUAGAUUCUACCCCGUGUACGUUGACGAUGCUUCUGACUGUGUGCAGGAAAGCGGAGGACUUGAAUGCAGGACGGCUCGUCCAUGGGCACGUUGUUAAAUGCAAGUACCCACCUGAUACUCCAUUGCUGAACGCGCUGAUUGAUAUGUACGCAAGCUGUGGGGAUGUGAGAACGGCUGAGUUGGUGUUUGAAAGAAUUGAUGAACCAUGUUUGGUGUCUUGGAAUUCCUUGAUCGCUGGUUUUUCAAGUAAUUGUGAUGGGGACAAGGCUAUGGAUGCUUUUGUGAGACUAAAGUUGAUGAAUUGCUUAGAAAAGCUUCAACCCGAUGAUUUCACUUUUGCCGCUGUUGUUUCUGCCACUGCUGGUUUUCCUUCACUGUUCUAUGGGAAGCCUCUUCAUGCUGAGAUCAGUAAAACAGGAUGGGCAGAGAGUGUUUAUGUCGGACAGACAUUAAUUGGCAUGUACUUCUUGAAUAGUGAGCCAUUGUCAGCCGAGAAGAUAUUUGGUUGUGUUCCUCAGAAGGAUGUGGUCAUAUGGACUGAGAUGGUGGCUGGAUAUUCAGGGCUGGGAGAUGGUGAAAUGGCCAUACAAUAUUUCUCUAGUAUGCUAGUGGAAGGACAUGAAGCUGAUAGCUUUUCACUCAGCAGCGCUAUAAAAGCAACUGCUUUUCUUACUUCACUGAGACAGGGUGAGAUGUUUCAUGGUCUGGUGGUAAAAGGUGGAUAUGGAGGAAAUUCAGGUGUUUCUGGAGGUCUAGUGGAUAUGUAUGCAAAAAACGGUAGUCUUGAAAGUUCGAAAUUAAUGUUCGAUACAAUUAGAAGGCCUGAUUUAAUUUGCUGGAACUCAAUUAUUGGAGGAUUUGGUAAUGUGGAAAGUGAGCUGCAGCCGGAUUACAUCACCUACAUCUCAUUGCUUUCUGCCUGUAGCCAUUGUGGACUGCUUGAGAGAGCCAGGUUUUACUGGUUUUGUAUGAUGACUGAUGGUAUCAUACCAGGGCUGAAGCACUAUACAUACAUGGUAAACUUGCUGUGUAGAGCGGGACUAUUGCGAGAAGCAGAAGAGAUGAUCAUGGAUUCAACCUUUGGAAACAGCUCCUCUGAGUUAUGGAGAAUUUUGUUGAGCUCCUCCAUUGUUAGCAAGAAUUUGGACAUGGGUAACCAUGCAGCUAAGCAGGUGUUAAGUUUCGAGCCAAAUGAUCUACCCACACACAUAUUACUUUCAAAUCUUUAUGCGUCGAUCGGUAGUUGGGAUGACGUGGCUCAAGUGAGAAGAAAGAUAAGAGGUCUAUUUGUUGAGAAGGAGCCUGGGUUAAGCUGGAUUGAACUUAAAGAUAUGGUUCAUGUUUUUUCUGCUGAUGAUGACUGCCAUGUACAAAUUGAUGAGUGCCGAAAAGUACUGCUUAGAUUGCAGCGAAAUUUGGAAGCAUCACAUCUUAUCAACAUUUUUUUCUAAUUAGAAGUGCAGCUCAUCUUUCAUUAUAUUUGAAUGUGGUGAAGCAGAACUUUCCUAUCUUUCUUUAGAUUGGACCCUGUACAUGUAUAAAUGAAAACCUGCUGUAGGGCAGCGAACCCAGUUAGAGGCUAUGGAUCAUAAAGAAUAACUCUUCACUCACUAGAAAAGGACAACAUAAUACCUCAACCAAC